GAAUCUCUGUCCGCAUUCGUGUGCGAUCUUCUCUCUCUCCUCCGAGAUGUCAGACACGUAUCAUCGUCCCAAUCAGAAGCGCCUUCAGACGCUGCGCGACAUCGCAAACAAACUGCGCGUGCACAGCAUCGAGGCGACCACGGCUGCAAACUCGGGACAUCCGACGUCGUGCUGCUCGGCGGCAGAAAUUAUGUCGGUCCUGUUUUUCCACGAAAUGCGCUACAUCGUGUCGAGUCCUAGAGACCCGGCUAGUGACCGUUUCAUUCUUUCCAAGGGUCAUGCGGCGCCGGUUCUAUACGCCGCCUGGGCGGAAGCCGGUCUCAUUGACAAGAAAGAGCUCGUCAACUUGAGAAAGCACGGACACGAACUGGAAGGCCACCCGACACCGAAACUCUCUUUUGUUGAUGUUGCUACUGGUUCUCUUGGUCAUGGCCUUAGUAUUGGUGCCGGCAUGGCGUACACUGGCAAGUACUUUGACAAGGCAAGUUACCGCACAUACGUCAUGAUCGGCGACGGAGAAUCUGCAGAAGGCAGUGUGUGGGAGGCGGUCAACUUCGCCUCUCAUUACAAACUCGACAACCUCGUAGCUAUCUUUGAUAUCAACCGACUCGGUCAGUCUGAGCCCGCUCCUCUGCAACACAACAUGGAAGUCUACCGCAAACGACUCGAGAGCUUCGGUUGGCAUGCCAUAGUAGUCGACGGGCACGAUGUCGACGCCCUCUGUCGAGCCUUGCAUGAAGCCAAGACGACCACUGACCGUCCGACCGCUCUAGUGGCUAAAACCUACAAAGGCCAUGGAAUCACCGGCAUCUCUGAUGAAGAGAACUGGCAUGGUAAACCUCUGGGCACCAAGACAGACCAAGCGUUGGAAGAAAUACGAGCUCGAAUUGCCAACGAUGGCCCACAUGGAAUAACACCGCAACCGGUUAUUGAUGAUGUCCCCAAAUAUGACGGUAAACCGGUGAAGCUGUCGUCGAAGCCGAAUUACGACUUGGGCAGCAAAUUUGCUACAAGGAAGGCUUACGGGAAUGCACUCAAGAAGUUGGGCGAUAGCGAUCGUCGAAUCGUGGCGAUGGAUGGUGAUACAAAGAACUCCACGUUCUCUCUGACGUUCAAGAAUGCGCAUCCCGAUCGCUACGUCGAGUGUUUCAUCGCCGAGCAGAAUCUCGUCGGUGUGGCCAUUGGCUGCGGUUGCCGCGAUCGUACGAUUCCGUUUGCGAGCACGUUUGCUGCCUUCUUUUCGAGAGCCUACGACCAGAUUCGUAUGGGGGCCAUAUCUCAGACGAAUGUCAAUCUGGUGGGGUCACACGUCGGUUGCUCGAUUGGUGAAGAUGGGCCGUCUCAGAUGGCGUUGGAAGAUAUUGCGAUGAUGAGGGCGAUUCCAACCUGUACGGUCUUUUACCCGUCGGAUGCCGUUUCGUGUGAGCGAGCAACCGAGCUGGCUGCGAAUACUAAGGGUAUCUGCUUCAUCCGUACCAGCCGGCCAGACACCAUAGUCAACUAUUCUGCUGAUGAAGUGUUUGAGAUUGGCAAGGGAAAGCUUUUGAGGAAGUCUGCCAACGAUGCUGUCACAGUCGUUGGAGCUGGUGUGACCGUUCAGGAGGCCACCAAGGCGGCUGAUGAGCUCGCCAAAGAAAACAUCCACAUCCGUGUCGUCGAUCCAUUCACAAUCAAGCCCAUCGACGCUUCUCUUCUCAAUGAUAGCGCCUCCGCCACCGGCGGCAAGGUCAUCACCGUGGAAGAUCACUAUCCAGAAGGCGGUGUUGGCGAUGCAGUGGCCGAUGCACUUGGUCAUCGCCCUGAUGUUAUUAUCCAGCGUCUAGCUGUGAGAGCCAUCCCAGGUAGUGGCCCAGGUAGUGUCCUUAUGGAGGAUCACGGCAUAUCCACUCAUGCAAUCAUUGAAGCUGUCAAGAAACUGAUUGCCUAGGCUCAAGGAUACUGAAUGGGACCUCGAUUUGUGUGUUGGAUUUGUUUGUGGCUGUGAUUCUCAGGGUGUAGUGGCACUCUGUAGCGGAUGAUGUGAUUGACCCUGAUUUUAGAUUAGCAGGGUAUUGAAGACCAGAAGUCUUUGAUACAUUUUAGAUCAAUAAAACAUUCAAUCGUGACAAAAAGUUCAAUGAAAUUAAAACACUGUAGCCUGA